AACAAAAAGUAACCAAGGUUGCGACGGCCGUUUCCAGAGAAGAAUGAGAUCACUUCGUUCUGGGUCCACCGUGAGUCUAGCAAACUAUUCUGAACAAACCGAAACACUUUAAAAGUUACGAUCGAAGGAGCUAAUUGCCAACGAAAUCGAUUGUGCUAAUGGUACUUUGAAUUUACCACAAAGAAAGUACACUAAACUAAAACUACACAAAAAAUACUUUCCUGCUUGCCGCGUAUGAACAUCUCACAAAUGCCCUCGCUAUCCUUAAUUGAUAAGAGCAAAUGAAUCGUUUGUUUAUAAUAAUACAAUGAAGCAAACUGGGGUGUAAACAAACUCUGAUUUAAAUUACUUCGUGCUAGAUCAACUCGUUCGUUCCCUUCUGUAGGCUUUGGUAGGACGCGCUGCAAACAUCGAUGAGAAUGCGAUCAUUUUCUGCUGUCGAUAGCACUUUACCAUUUCUCCUCUUUCGGCUUCGUUCGGGCUGUGGACACAAUAACGAGAUUUUUUCUCGCUCUCGCCUUUACAGACAUUUACACAGACGACCCUUUUGUUUUGUUCUCCACGAAUGGCGUGUGGCAUAUGUUUUGAAAGCAUGAAUUCUAGCAGCGUAUUACGACAAUUCGUGCCUGGCUGCAUCGUCAAUUUUCUGCAGCGUUUCAGUUGUGCUGCGCCAGUCCAGCAGAUUAGUGCUCUCAUUCCUGUAAUUCAGCAUUUUGCUUUCAUCAAAACCCUAUGUCAGUCCCACUGGAUAAGAUGGAUCCAUCUCCACCGUACGUUCCACCAACACGUGUCGUGUCGGCUACGACUGGUCCCGAACCGGCACAGGUUGUGUGCCCAUCGUGUCACGCCGAGAUCGUUACCCAAACCGAGCAAGAGGCAAACACCAAAACGCACAUCUACGCGCUGUUGCUGUGUUUGGCCUUGUGCUGGCCGUGCGUGUGCCUGCCGUACUGCUGUACCUCAUGCCGGGACACUGUACACCGUUGCCCUCGCUGCAAAUCGUUCAUCGGUGUGUAUCGGCGCUAAAGUUUCGGCGGUCGUCGAAAGUUUUCUAACAUUGGUGCCAUUAAGUGCGAUUAACAACCAGAACAAACACCUGCAGAAGCCGGUGCAUCAACGCUAGAAGAGCUUUUUAGACAGCGUUUUAAUCUUUAAUUCAUGUAAUAUGCAGCGGUUGUAUAACAUAACGUUAAAAAGAAGAGAAAUGUGUUUCAUUAACUGACAAAAUAUAAUAAAUAGUUCUUCACUUCAACACGGUAAA